AUGCAACUCAGCCAACUACGAACACAAAUCGAUGAACUUCUACAGAACCCAGACCUGCGCACGCAAAUCAAGCGUGCGCUAGAAUGCGACGCUGCCUCUGCGCUGGCAGGCACUCAGCAGUCCUCGCAGCACCCUCAUCAACAGGAUAUUCUGCUAUCCAAGUUGAGGAGCGCCGGCAUAGUUGACCGCCUUCUCACUGCCCUUGCGAAGCCCUCGCCCAAACAUGCGUUCCUCCCAGAAGGCGCAACUUCACACUUACCAGAAUGCAAAAAGUAUGAUCGUGCGACACUGUCUAUUGAACUACUCACAGCCAAGGCUCUGUUGAGUAAUCUUUCCGGCCAGAAGUGUUCGAGCGACGACCCCCUGUCUGACAGUGCUCUGGUCUUUUACUUGGCCUUCGGCAGACAUCGUUUCCAAAGUCAACGAUAUCCCUGUCAUGUUGACCUCGAUCUGAAUCAAGUUUUCCUCGUAGACUUGGAGAGUUCUGUUUCCUACAGAGUGGCAGUAAGUCCAGACGUCUUUUCGUUGCUACUGGCGCUUCCUUAUAAAUUAUAGUUUGAAGACGUGUUUGUUUUGAGAGUCAUAUUGGGAUCUGGGGCAUUUAAAAGACGAUGCGUUCUGCAUCUCAUGAAUGCAAUUGAGAUAUAGGCUAUUCCGCUUAAGCCUUUCAUCAUUGAAUUUUGUUUCUUUUUUAGAUUGUUACGUUGAAUAGGCGUCUUAAUUCUUAAGAUUUCACAGAGAGAGCAUACAGUGAGUAACCGAUCUCAUGAAAUGUUGGCUGAAAUUCUGAAAUGCAUUUUCGAUCGGGAAGGAUUACUUAAGCGCGGUUACAAAACUGAUUUUCUUGCGGCAUAAUUUUUUUAAAUUUCGGACUCGGUAAGACGUCAGUUUUUGAAUGCACCACAUUUAAAUCUCCCGUGGGAACCGUAUUCGGUAAGAAAUGACUGCUUAAGUAGCAUACAUUUUUCCCAUUGAUUUUCCACGGUCUUGCAAAUUCGAAUAUAUUUUAUAGAAAACACGAACAAAAUAUACUUUCUUUCAAUCGUUUGAUAGAGAAUUAGGUAAUCUUUAUAUUUUAUACUCGACGAAGGAGUAUAAAUAGGUUUCGAAAAAGAUACUGAUACUGACUGAUACUGAUUCUAAUUAUGAGAUUUUUCAAGACCGUGCAAUGUCCAUUCAUACAGCAUCGUACCUGUGUGUUUACCACUGCUCCUCAUGAAAUGUACAACAUGGUCCGCAUCCAUUGCAAAAUUUUAUGGAUUUGAUAUAGUAUCUUUUUAAAGGCAUAGAAGAAUAUGUGAUUUUCUUUACGGGGAGCACAUGUGCCUUGUAGACUGAAAUCCCUAAGCGCUAAUGCAACGGCUGAUCGGGCCCAAAUUAUCCGGAAGUUAGAAAACUUUUCAAAACCUAAUUAUACUCCUUUUUCGAGUAUAAAAUAUAAAGACGAUGUGAUCAUCUAUCGAAAGAUUGUAAGAAAGCAUACUUUUGUUCUGCGUUUAUAUAAAAUAUAUUCGAAUAUUCAAGGCCAUCGAAAAUCAUUGCAAAAAAUGCAUGCUACAUAUGCGGUCAUUUUAUACCGCGUACGGUUUCUACAGAAGGUUAAAUUGCAAAGUAUUCAAAAGCUGACAUCCUGCCGAGUCCGAAAUAUUAUAGGAUUAUUCCCCAUGAUAAUGAAUUUUUCAAGCCCACCUAAGUAAACCUUCCUAAUCGAAAACACAUUUCAGGAUUGCAGCCAACAUUUCAUGUGAUCGGUCACUCACUGACCAUGCGGGAAUUUCGCGUUGUGGCCUGCGACCGCACCACUGUACCAACGCCGUUUUAUCAUGCCAUUUAGCGUUGUCGAGACGUUCUUGCUAACUUUCCAGAAAUAAUUUAAGUUUGAAUUUAGCAUACGUAACAGACUUUAUAGGAACCGAAAAAUUUCAAAACGGCUUAUCAACUGCAACCACAGAAAAACUCAAUGAAAAACGGUAAAUUCAUCGUCUGCUGCAUACAGACUCAUCAAUGAAAAUGGUAAUUUACAAACAAUUUAGGAAAGAAGAUGGGGAAAAUGGCACGCAGAGGAAUGUGUAAAUCAAAGGACUGAGAUUUACCAGGACAAACUGAGGUUGACGUCGUGGUCCAACUGUUUGGUUUGGUUUGGUUUCACCCGUUGUACGUAGGCUGCCUCCAAGUAGCUUUAUGUCCGAGUUGUUCGUGUUCGACCUAAUACUCGGAAGAACGCUUUAGAGUCAACACCUUACGGCCAAAAUUGGCGGAACCAGUUCCGACAAAGCCCGUUGUAAUACCCUUACAAUUAGGGGUGACGACAUUCCGAAUACCAUUAAGCGGCAAUUGUGAUGCGUCAUUGAAAGAACAUACAAGGCAGCCGACUUCGUAUUCAGCAGUCCUGCUAAAACCAUUCUAAUUCCACGGGCAAAGGGUGCCUUGUCAUUACAUGCUAUCUCAAAUUGUGUUUGCGAAUUCACAUACACUGGUGUAUGUAAGUACAUUGGGCUAACGCAAAGGCGAUUGACGGCCACGUUAGUUGAGCCCCUGCCUGAAUGGCCUUUACUGCAUGAAAAUAUAAUUCAUCGUUCUUCUAUCACGAAGUACCUCCUAGACAGCGAUCAUUCCCUUGACCCCAAAACAUCCUUCCGAGUGAUAGUUUUUGGCACGAACAACUCGGAUAUUGCGCUACCUGGAAACAACCUACAUAUGGCGGGGGAGACCCGACCUAUCGAAACAGUUGGACCACACGGUCAACCUCAGUUUGUUCUGGUAAAGCUCAGUCCUUUAAUUUACACACUCCAUCUGCGUGUCAACUCUCCCAUCUUUUUUCCUAAAUUGAGUUUUUAAGUUAACAUUUUUAUUGAUCAGUCUGUGUGUAGUAAACGAUGAUCUUGCUGUUUUGGCUUGAUUUUUUCCGUGGAAAUUACAAUCUCUCUAUCUUUCCCAGUCGUUAUCUUUGUUAUGCAUAGACAGGUUGCAGUAAAUAAGCCGUCGCAAAAUUUGUCGGUUGCAGUAUAUUAUAUAGUGCAUGCCUGUUUCAAAUUUAUACUGCGAAAAUAUUGUUUCGAAGUUCUUUAAAUUUGUUUUUGAGCCAAAUGACUUGUCCAUUUUAUUACCGGCAAGUUUGGAAAUCGCCAGGAGUAUGCCACUGUCAGGAGAGAUGACUUUCAACAGCCGCGUUGGAUGCUUACACAGUGGUCAUAGUCAAUGUUUGCAAAACCCUAGAUACUAGAAAAUGGCUCUAUCAUGUUUGACCAGGGGAGUCGAUUCUCGACACUACGUGUUCCUUGUGCUAACAUUGUGAACUUAUUUUUGUCGAGGUAGAAACCGCUGACGGCGGAAUCACUGCUGGCGGACAAGGCCACAAAUGCACCCCUCCAGUUGACAUGCGUUAAGCUGCGCAAAGAUGGUCGCCGGCAUCUUAUCUCCUCAAAUCUUAUUGACUGGAAGAAGCAGGUCUAUUCUUCCGCGCCUAGCGAUGCCGAUGGUGAGAGCUCUACAUGGACUAGGAAGGUUCUCGUGGAAUUGUCCAGUGUCGGCUCAGAGACACAGGUAAAAUGCGACGUUUAGGAAGACUUUAUGGUCUAACUUUUCGGUAGUUUUUAUUUUAUGUAGAGCAGCAUGACAAGAGUAUGGUUAAUGGCCGAAGCUACUUACUCCGGGGGAAAUUUGUGCCAAAAGGAAAUAGUGGACGAUAUUUAUUCGUACGUGGCACAGAGAGAAAUAAAAAGACCUCGCGGUGGCUUUUGCGUGAGGGUAGUUAAGACCUUUCAGCUAAUCAUCGGAAUAUAAAUACCGACUAUGCAAUGCCUUUUUGACAAUGCCUGCAAAGAGGCAUUAAGCUAAUUCCCCAUGUUAUUAAAUGCUAGAAAUGAUACCCCUCUUAAUUGGUGUCAACAUUUGAGAAUCAAAAUUUUUGACAGCACAAAUUUCUUAGAUGUUCAGUCCUUUUGCGUAGCACAACUAUUCUCCGGGGUAAGUAACCCCGGCUAUGAACCAUACCUUUUCCAACAACAUUAUAUUGUUGAAUAAAUAAGUAUGCCAGAACACGAGGAGGUGUUCACCGGAAAGGACAUAUUAGGCAUCUGGAAUAGGAAAUGGCGGCAUCGGCUGUUAGUCUUCUGCAACUGGUAUAUAAACCACGCAGGGCACAUAAGACAGGUAGACGUCAUUCGUUGUUCGCUUAUACCGACUGAGAGCUGGUGGAUUGGCGAGUUAACAUCCGGCUUGAUGGCGGUUACUUCCGACUGCUUGGAGUCGUGUCCUUUCGCGUUGUAUCCUUCCCAUUGGCGUUGGUUUGUGUCCUCUAGGUUUGUCGAUAGUUUCAGCUGUUGGGGACUUUUCAUCGUCUUCGGAAGAUGAUUACCGUCCGUCGUGACAUAGAAAGUACCAGUUGUUUGGGGGUCGAACAUGCCCAAAAGGCAGUGCGCAGCUCCUGCGGUUGCAAUUGAACUAGAUCAUGUAAUGCUAUACCGAACCUCGGUUAGGUAGUGACGCGCAGCCACAUAUGACGCCUGCAGGCUUAUCUGGCGACUAGUCAAGUGGUAGAGUUGAUUGCCACGCCCUCGUACCAAAAAUUUGCAUUCAUACGUCUAUGUUCGCAACAUUCGGCCGUUCUCUCGAACGUAGUUUUUAUAUCCACAUCUGUACUGGAUUCGGAAUAUGACAUCAGAUUUCUUCCUGUAAGGUAUUACGUCCCUAAAACACAUAGGCUGUCUGCGAAGAUUUAAGGAAAAUCUAUAAGCGGCUUCUACUCGCAGUGGUACGCAGAAUCUGGUCACGGUACCACAGCCUCAUUUCAUUUACGUGGUCCUUCACUAGAGCAUGGUCCCGUUUGUUUCACUAAUUUUCCCUUCAGUCUAUCUAACUUCUGAUGAAGAGUGCCUGUAGGUGCCCGCUGACAUAGAGAGUUUCCAGAGAUAAUCUUUCUUCCCACUCCUAGCGGCCAGCGGGCUCUAAUGUUUUCCCACCUACUUACAAAAAGUGCCCCGGUAAUUCCGUUCCAGAUAUAAUAACAUCCACAUCGCCGUUGUGUUAGGUCAUACCUGCUGCUACAUUGGCUUGUAGCAUGCGUUAGGUAGACUGAUCUCUUGAAGAAGAAGAAGAAGAAGACACGAUCGCUGGGACAAGAGCUUUAUUAGCCUGACGUUCAUCUGAAACGUCAGGCUCAUAAAGCUCUUGUCCCGGCGAUCGUGUCCUCUUCUUCAAGACUGCUUCCUGGGACUCGUCUCUUCGCUUCUAUUGGCAGACUGAUCUCUUUACGUAAGACUACUUUCUACUAUAUCUGCUCUUGCUUAGUGUUAGGUGGUUUGUGAUUUACCCUUAUCUCAGUCUUUCAAGUCUGUGUCCUAGCGAUUAGCGUAAGGUCCCGAGGUCCCUAUUUCAAUGUCUUGUCAUCUCAUUCCCAACCAAGUUACCUCGAGCGUGCCGCUGGAGGACGUGUCAAGAAGGGAUAAAGUGAGAUUUAUUCCGGUUAGGUUCGUCGCUUGGACUAUUUACUAUAAACAACAGUGGCGCGGGAACCGUUCAUGAUUGGGAGUUUGUCAACGGACGGUGUUCGUCGGUCCGGCCUAUGAUUUGGCGUCGGCCUGCAAUUUCCCGUUCUUAUUGUGACUUUUAUGACAGUUUCACUUAUGCAAGAUCUACUAACCCAUUUGAAGUCCGACGCGAAUGCGUGUGGUACGCGCAGACAGAACGCUAAGCCUUCGCGCCCGCGUUCAUCCCCGAUCCUCUUAACAUUUUCUUGCCCUCGGAUCUCUCGUGGCAAAGACAGAAUUAAGUGAACUGCAAGCAGCUGAAAUCAACUGUACUACGAACGUACUCACGUUAGGUCAUUAUUUUGCUCGCGUCUUGUCCAGUGAUGAAGGUCGUCGUUUGAGUCGGGUGAACCGUCGAUUGGUGAGGUAGCAUAGAACUUAGGCGUGUGUUGUAGGGAGUUCAUCGACUCAUGCGGGCCACAAAACCUCGUCAGAACCUAUUCGACGCAUUUCCUCACAUACUUGCCUUCCGGAAUGACGACGGUACGUUUCUUUAUCAGCUUCUGAACUCUGUUGAUUCUUCGGACCGUCUGCCUGGGAUCGGUGGUACGGCUGAUUCUGUGUGUUUCUUGGUCGCUCAGGAACGCCUGGGUUUGUUUAGUACUCUGGUUUGUCGGAGAAAAUGGUGAGCUAACCUUUCUGCUCAGGUAUGAGGACUAUUUCGGUAUCGGCUUCCAACUCCUCCACGGCCUUUUGAGUCACCUUUCGAAGUAGCAUUGAAGGCAAGGUGACUUGGUGCUGAAGAUGGGUGCCGAUUUGGCGUAACACUUGUUCGAAAAAAGCAGUUGUGACAAGCAUACUGACGUUGGUCGUGUUAAAACGAGAUCUACGAUGAACAGCCAUCGUCUGGACGCCGGCAAGUCCUCUUCGGGAGGAUUUUUAGGGCAAACUUUUCUGAGCUUCUACGGCGUCUGCGGUUCAAUUACUCCAAAAUUUAUGAGUAGUUUUGGGCGAGGUUUGGUUCUGCAGUCCCAAAUGGUUGAUACCGUAUGAUUGGCUUAAUACUGCAAUAUUAGUAAACAUACCUUAUUUAGCCACUUGCUGGUUUAGGAAGAGGAAGAGAGCGCAAGCAGAGCUCGAAGCACGCAGAUGGAAGCGAGCGAAGGUGGCGUGUACGCAUUCUUCCCCCGACACAGCCACUUGCUGGAUUAAGAGGAUAAGGAGGACGUAAUUACAACUGGAAGGCCGCGGGGGGGAACCGAAUGGUAAUUCAACGUGCGUAGCCACUGUCGUAAAACCAACGGAGUUCCACACCAUUCGAAAAAUUUCAUUAGCUAGUCUAACUGGUCGCUUGCUGUAUUAGGAUAAUGAAUAGGGCGCAAGUAGGGCUCGAAGCACGCGCAGGGAAGUGCGUGGGAACUAAAUCUGAGAUAUUCGAGGCUGGUGUAUAAGCACUUCUCCCACCGUGGCAUAUUUACUCACUGAAUUAAAAUAGUAAGGAAGAUUCAAAUACGUGGUAUGUGUAAUGUCAGCCUAUUCGCAUCUACUAAAUUCUUCUACAAAGCUGACCAUACGGUCUCACUCAGAUGGUGCUGCAGGGCCGAACCUUGCCUGGUUUUAUUUACCUAUCCUCCCGUUUUCAUCAUAUCACGGCUCUCAGAAUAUUUUCUACUGUGGUGACGGUCGUCUUGUGUUUAGGACGUUGUACGUCUGUUUAGCUGAUCAAAAAUGACAUCCCAUCCGUACACUCCUCCUCUUCUUGUGCUAAUUUGCCUUAACUUACACUUUCAUUACUGUCUAAAUACAUGUAUAUAUUAAAGUAUUGAGCCACGAUAUCAAGUAUGAGGAUGGAGCCUCGAAAAAAGUCUCCAUUGCAUGGAACCACCGAUCCUGACCUUUGCAAAAUGAGCUUUGGAGGAUUCUAUUUGACCGCAUCUUCAAGUGUUGUGGCAAUUAGAAUUGUAGACUGAAAUGGAUUUCCGCGGCCGUUUAUCCUAAUCAUUGCAUCAAGAAGACGCCAGUUUGACCAGGAGAUUGCUUGUAUUGGCAUUAACAAAAGGAUAGGUCUCAAGACACGUCAAGACAGUUAAGAAGCGUGUGCAAGUCCAGUGAGCACUAGCCCGUCUCCCCAUCCCCUCGGUAGUGACACUACGAUUUAAAAACGGCACACUGAGAACAACAGUCUAAACCUGGUUAUCGUACCCUGUGCGUGUUAGUCUUGUGUAUGCGUGAUCUAUACUGCAUGAUUCGUAUCAGUGAUCGGAAACGGACCACACCGUAAUAUGGCUUUCUUAUGCGCCUCCUUGAAAGUAACCAUGGCUCCAACUGGCUGUUAACACAUAUAUAUUUGCGCAACCCACCUUUUUGUCCACCUGGCAUGAGGAUUACCGUCGGUUUUACCCAACCGCCCGAUUAUUUAAGCAAUAUUUCCUCAUUUGCGUUAAGAACUUGCUGGAGUCUCGAAAUCAUGUAUCUGGGAAACCGCGCAGAAUGCUUUAGGAUGUCUUAGUUAUUUUACUUAUAGUAUUGUAGGCAGAAUGAUAUUACCGACAAAGACAAGGGAGACUGGAAUGGCCAUUUCUGGCUUAUUAGCCGUCGUCAGCCAGCCAUACCCAAGUCCGAAGUGUGGAACACCCGAGACUCGAACUCGCGACCGACAACGGAACGAGUGAGUUCCGUAUCAACGAUCGGUGAGCGCCCCCCUAACACUGUAUAUUUCCGAUCGAAAAACCGACAGGGCAACGGGCUCGUGGCCCGGUGAGUAGAGGCGUUGACUUCUAAACGAACAGGUCGCGAGUUCGAGGCUCGGGUGUUCCACACUUCGGGCUUGGGUAUGGCUGGCUGACGACGGCUAAUAAGCCAGAAAUGGCCAUUCCAGUCUCCCUUGUCUUUGUCGGUAAUAUCAUUCUGCCUAUAUAUCAUGCGCCGCUGUGUGGCUGCUGGUUGGGCUCGAGAGAGAGAGCCCUUAAGGCACAACGGAACGAGUGAGUUCCGUAUCAACGAUCGGUGAGCGCCCCCUAACACAUUAUAGUAUUGUUUAUAGUGGCUAUGUCAGCAUGUUAGUUUUUCUACAUAUGUUGUAACACCUUUCGUGUAAUCUAUUUUACCCGAUCGUGAAAAAAUCGGUGACCUCGGUAAGGUUCGAAUCCACGACAGCUAGGGCUUGAGUACAGCCAACGCUCUGAUCGCUGGAGCUACGAGAUCCCACGGGCUAACCUGGUUCAAAUGUGAUAAAACUCAUGACUCCCGGUGGGGCGUCGUAGCUCAGGUGAUUGGGUCGUUGUCUGUAUUAACGUCAAGCCCUUUCUACUUUGGAUUCGAAUCCCUUCGAGGCCGCCGAGUUUUCACAGUUGAAGUAAAUGGAUCAUUUAGUUGUCUGCGGCCGAGCAUACAGAGAUGUUUGCUUUUCUACUAACCGUUUACGAGUAGUACGUUUUCCGUAAUCUAAUUCAUAUGUCUAAAACAAGUUAAAUAGCGAGAUCACUUGGAAAGGGAAACUGGGAGAUUUAAUAACCCCCGUAAAGAAGCCUCACAGACUUGAAUUGACUGAAAUUGCGAUAGCCUUUCUUGUUGUUUAACACAUUUUAAUGCGUAAAGAUUCUAUCGAUCCUUUCGCGGAUAAUAUGGGCGUCUUCAAGAGGGCGCUUUUUGCAGUUAAACAUCUACCCUUCACCACUAUUUACCAGUUGACGGCCGGGAUCCUGGAGAUCCGUCUGGGUGUGCACUUGGUGUCUCCUGCCUCGGGCGUCAAUGCUCAGCAGAAAUCUGCCUCCAUUCUGCCACCGGCUACUUUCAUCACCGCGCACUUCGCACUUGAAGAAGGUGCUCGAGAGGAGAGGUCGCGCUCCUUCGCCCAGUACGGACGUCAAUGGUGGCAGGAAUACUGUCUCCUCCAGCGUGGCGCCUUCAAAGGCAGAAUGGUGAAAAUGUAUGCCCUUGACGAGAACGGCAGAGCACAGUAA